GAAAUCUUUUUACGUGAAUUGAUCUCCAAUGCUUCUGAUGCUCUGGACAAGAUUCGCUACCAAUCCUUAACGGAUCCCUCUGUACUUGAAUCUGAGAAGCAGCUUUUUAUCCGUAUUACACCUGACAAGGAAAACAAGAUCCUUUCGAUUCGAGAUACCGGUAUUGGUAUGACGAAGGCUGACUUAGUCAACAACUUGGGUACCAUUGCCAAGUCUGGUACCAAGGCCUUCAUGGAGGCUUUGUCUUCUGGCGCUGAUAUUUCUAUGAUUGGUCAAUUCGGUGUUGGUUUCUACUCUGCUUAUUUGGUGGCUGAUAAGGUCCAAGUGGUCACCAAACACAACGAUGAUGAGCAAUAUAUCUGGGAAUCUGCUGCUGGUGGUUCAUUCACCAUCACUCGGGAUACAGGCGCAUCCAUUGGCCGUGGCACUGAAAUACGCCUGUUUAUGAAAGAAGAUCAAGUAGAAUACCUUGAAGAACGAAGAAUCAAGGACAUUGUCAAGAAGCACUCUGAGUUUAUUUCUUAUCCUAUCCAAUUGACGGUCGAAAAGGAAGUAGAAAAGGAAGUCGCUGAAGAUGAAGACAUGACUGAAGGUGGUGCCAAAAUUGAAGAAGUCACUGACGAAGAUGACAAGCAACAAAAGAAAAAGAUCAAAGAAAAGAUUGUGGAAAACGAAGAAUUAAACAAGACAAAACCUCUUUGGACCCGUAACCCUGAAGACAUUAAGCAAGAAGAAUACGCUGAGUUUUACAAGGCCCUUACAAAUGACUGGGAAGACCAUUUGGCUGUCAAGCACUUUUCUGUUGAAGGUCAACUUGAGUUCCGUGCCAUCCUGUUUAUUCCCAAGCGUGCUCCCUUUGAUAUGUUUGAGACCAAAAAGAAGAAGAACAAUAUCAAGUUGUAUGUUCGCCGUGUGUUCAUUAUGGAUGACUGCGAUGAAUUGGUGCCUGACUGGUUGUACUUUAUUCGUGGUGUGGUAGAUUCUGAAGACUUGCCUUUGAACAUCUCGCGUGAGAUGCUUCAACAAAACAAGAUUCUCAAAGUCAUCCGUAAGAACUUGGUCAAGAAGUGUUUGGAGAUGUUCCAGGAAAUUGCUGAAGACAAGGAUAACUUUGACAAGUUCUAUGAAGCCUUUAGUAAGAACAUCAAGUUGGGUAUCCAUGAAGACUCUCAGAACCGUAACAAAUUGGCUGACUUGUUGCGUUAUUACUCUACCAAGUCUGGUGAUGACAUGACUUCUUUCAAGGAUUAUGUGACCCGCAUGCCAGAAAAACAAAAGAACAUUUACUAUAUUACUGGUGAAUCUCGUACGGCUGUUGAACACUCUCCCUUCUUGGAAGGCUUUAAGAAGAAGGGCAUUGAAGUCUUGUUGAUGACGGAUCCUAUUGAUGAAUAUGCUAUUACUCAACUCAAAGAAUAUGAUGGCAAGAAGUUGGUCUGUAUCACCAAGGAAGGUACUGAUAUUGAAGAAGACGAAGAAGAAAAGAAGGCCCGUGAGGUUGAAAAAAAGGAAUUUGAAGACUUAUGCAAAAAUGUCAAGACCGUCUUGGGUGACAAGGUCGAAAAGGUUGUGCUUUCUCAUAUCUUGACGGAUUCUCCUUGUGUGUUAACUACAGGUCAAUUUGGCUGGUCUGCUAACAUGGAACGUAUUAUGAAAGCUCAAGCUCUUCGUGAUGCUUCUAUGUCAAGCUAUAUGAUGUCCAAGAAGACAUUCGAGUUAAACCCUCACCAUCCUAUCAUCAAGGCGCUCAAGCAAAAGUCCAAUGUAGAUGCUAAUGACCGCACAGUGAAAGACUUGAUCAACUUGUUGUUUGAAACUUCUCUUUUGACUUCUGGCUUUACUUUAGAUAACCCAAGUUCAUUUGCUACUCGUAUUAACCGUAUGAUCUCACUUGGGCUUUCUAUUGACGAAGAAGAGCCCAUGGAAGAAGUCGUUGAAGAAGCACCCAAGGAAGAAACUGUUGAAUCCAAGAUGGAAGAAGUGGACUAAGUUUCUCGCUAUUCCUUUGCAUACACAUUAUAUAUACAUUACA